AUGGCAGGCGGAGGACUAGACGACGAGCUGCUCGAGCUCGCAGGCGGCUCUGCUCGACAGAUCGACCUUAGCUCCGAUGAUGAAGGCGACCGCGUCCGAACAGGCUCGAAACGCGACUCCAAACCAUCCACAUCCUCCUCGCUCGCCAAGAAGCGUCGACUGGAUCUGCUCGAUGAGUCCGCCUCAGGGUCGGACGCAGAUGCUCCAGGCUCCGACGAUGAUGCCGCUGGAUCCUCAGCAGACGAGCGAGGCGAUCCGUAUCCGUACCAUGGCAUCUACAAGUCGGCAAGGGACAUGGAGCAGCUGAUGGCGAUGAACGAGUUGGAGCGCGAAGACAUCCUGGCCAGGCGUAGAGACGAGAUCAACACGCGCAGGCAGAAGUCCGAGCUCGCGGCGCUCGUGAGGGCGCAGAAGGCGGCAGCUGGUGCGACUAAGAAAGCUGUCUCCAAGAAGCGUGUCGUCCGGGGCGGUCGAGGCGGUAGGAAGGGAGCAGACUCGGACCUGAGUGAGCAGAGCGAGGAUGACGACGAGGACGAAGAGGAGGAUGCCGAUGGCGAUUCCGACUUUGCCUACGGCGGUGCAGCAACAGCGGCCAAGAGCAGGAAGAAGAAGCUACCCGGUCAGACCGACGCCAAAUCCGCCAAGCUCUCGGAACUGCGCAAGAAGCGACAGCAGAAAGCGGCUGGCGUGUCGCGCACCGCCGGCCUCGACUCGGACGACGACGCUGCCGCCGCCCCAUCCAAAUCGCGUCGUCGAGGGUACGCCUCGUCCGACGACGAAGUGUCCUACUCUGACUAUUCGGACGAGGACGACUACCCACGUCGCUCGCGUCCAUCCAAACCGGACCUCUCGUCGUCGCGCGACUCCUCCGACCCACCGACCUUGGCGGAUCUUAACGCAGCCCGCAUCACGCGCGACAACGUCGAGUCGCGUCUCUACGCCCCACGCUUCCGCGAAGCGCUCAUCGGCGGCUUUAUCCGCUACAACUGGGGCACGCGUCCCUCGACGUCCAACCCGGGUCGCACCGAAACCGUCUACCGCAUCCAUCAGAUCACCGACGUUCACGAGGCACCCGGCAAGUUCUACGACCUUUCCGACGACCGUUCGGGCAAGUGGUGCAACGUCUACCUCACGUUCGAGCACGAUGGAGAGGAGCACCAGGCCAAGAUCAACAUGCUGAGUCGUGGCGAGUUCAGCGAGUCGGAGCGCGAGAGGUGGAUCGCCUUUGUCAAGGCCAAGGGCAACUUGCCUGGCAAGGGGAGGGUGGGGAGGAAGGCGGAUGAGCUGGAGAAGUUCUUCACCAGCCCACUGACCGAGGCGGACAUCAAGGGGAUUCUGGAGACCAAAAAGCGAUUGAGGACCGAAGCGGAGAGUGUGAUGGGCAAGAGCGUCGAUGGUCCUCGUGGAGGGCUCAACACGCCGGGUGUCGCAACACCUACGGCAGCAGGCGGGGAUGUCCAGCCUCAGAGCCUGGAGGCGCGACUCGCCGCGGUGAACGAGCGCAACCGUGCCCUGGAUAGGAGCAAGCAGUCGGACGUGGAGAGGAAGGCGAGGAACAACAAGCUCGCCGCCUUCCAAGCUGCCAAAGCGCAACAGCAGCGGGAGGAACGUCAGGCUCAGCAGGGUGAGGUCAAGGACGGGGAGGCGGACGGCGGCGUGCAGCUGACGAACGAGAAGGUGGGUCACACCGGCAUGGGCAACGGCUUCGUCGCGGUCAAGAACUACGCCACGCUGGUCGAGGUCGAUCUGGGCGACUUUUGA